GAUAGUUCAGUUUAUUAUUUGCAUGACAAUACCUACAAUAAAAAUAAAUAGCUAUGCGUUUGCAAUUAAUAAUCAACUCAAUUCUUUUUGAAGUAAAAAGAAACUGAGGGAUUUCACACUCAGGAAAUGGACGCUACAGAAAAUGGAUGGAUAGUUAAAGGAAAUGGUGGGGAAUUUCAAAGUAAACAUGGGAAAUCUUCAGAAUCCACAAUCAUUACAUUGCUUCCUGGAAGCAGAUUACAGGAGGUAGAGCGAAUGAUUCCCAUUUUCUCAGACACUAUGGAACUAUUGAAAGACUCAUUUUCAGAGUUGACAACGGUAGUUCAUGUGGCACCUAAUCGGCACGUGGAAGAAUAUGUCAGCAAAGCUGUUUUUGAGUGGCCUGUAUCUGUAGUAUUGAUUCCUGGAGGAUCUCCACAGCUGAAGUAUGAUGCAUAUAGU